UGGCGUGCGGCUGCGCGAGCUCCACCACCAGAGUCUGGAGACGGGUUCCAGGGUCACGAUGGCGGGCGACGGCGCAGGGACGCUGCUGCUUGGGCCCAAGCGGCCGCACUGGGGUUGCUCCCGCUGUGGCACGGCCAGCAAUUGGGCAUGUCGCCUUCGAUGCCGCUGUGGAGCGAGGGCGCCGCAGCGAGUUGUCGCGAAGGCUGGUCAAGAAGAUAAGAAAGCCAAAGCUGGGGCCAAGCCGAAGGGGCAGCCUCCUUCGCGCGGCGGAGGCAGCGGUUGCGGCAGGCUCGAUUCGUCACAGUUGGCGCCUUGGGCCUCGUCGAAGCUUGAGAAGGAGCUGGUGGCGCUGCGCAAGCAGGUCCAGCUGCUCAAGUCCGAGAAGAACAAGGUGCCCGCCCCAUCUGAGGCGGCCCCCAAUGGCACGUCUGAGGCAGCCAUGGCGGUCGACGAUGGUACUGCGGGAGCCAAAGACACGUCGGCGACGGCGUCUCAGCGGAAUGCCCUCCAGACCAAGAUUGGUCACUAUGAGCACUUCGUGAAGCCCCUCGCCCUGUAUGAAGACAGUGAAGGUGAGCAGCUACUGGCAGCGAAGAAGCAGCUGGAGGCAGCCAUCGUUCAGAAGGAGGCCGGGAUCGUCCAGCUCAUUGUCGAGGUGCGCAACUGUACUGUGGCGCUGUCGAAGCAGCGCGGCGAACCCACUACUGCGGCGGCCGAGCCUCCGCCAGCACCAGUGCUUUCGCCUGACUUCCUGCAGGUGGAGGUGCCCGAGCUCGACGCCCAGCCCGAGCUCACGACCUUCUACCAGCAAUUCACGACCGACCCGCGGUUCAGCACCCUCCAACAUAUGCUGGCCAAGCACGUCAAGAUCAGCAUGGCGCCGCAGCAACAGUCUCAGGCUCAGCCUGCUGGUGGCGCUCGUGAUGAUGAUGAGUUGGACCACAAGUCUGGCGCUGCCAAGCGAGGUGCUGAGCCCCCGCUCGGCAUGGACGACGUUCGACGGAUGUGCGAAGAGUUCAAGAUAGCAGGAUCUUCCAAUGGUGAGUCUGAGGAGCAGUUGGUCGCCCGUCUGCACGAGCUCGUCGGAGAGAUGCACAAGCUCCCACGCGUCGAUGCGCCGCCCAGCUCGCAGCAGUCGCACUUGCUCGAGACCUUCAACGCCAACCAGGGUGAGCCCACUCUGAAGCGACGGCUUGAAAGGACGCCGGCGCUGGUGGUGCUCGUUCAGGAGACUGGAUGCCAUGAACACGAAGUUGAAGAGCUACAAUCCUGGGCUUGCGCGCGCGGCUGGCAGGUGAUCGCUCUUGCAGGCAGCCCGACCAAAGGCUAUCUGCCUUCUGCUGGCGUGGCAGUGUUCGCCCGCAACGCGGUCGGCCUGCGCUGGCCUGAUGGUCGCGGUUCGUCGAUGCUGUCGCCGCAGCGGGCUCAGCAUGUGAUUGUUGACUUGCCUGGCCGGGGCUCGCUUCACAUCUUUAACAUCUGUCUGCGCACGGCAGAGGGUAUGGCAGUCCGUAGCGCUCGUGUUCUCUGCGCUGUUGGGGAAGAGAUGUCGGGUGUACUUGAGCCGUGUAUCAUAGGCGGCGACUGGAACAUGUCUGCGGGUGAGGUGGAGGAGUCCACCUUCCCAGCUAAUGCGCAG